AUGUAUCUCUGUGAUUUAGCACUAACACAUCUAUACAUUGGUAUUUCCGGAAGAACCAUUAUGACUCAAGAUUAUAUAUGGUUGGAAAAACGAGCGUACAAAUCGGAUGUUGCAGAGAAGCUGGACUUCGAACCUAAGCAGCUAAAGUUGGAGAAACGUAGUGAGGAAGAGAAGAAAAUCCAGUCUGAUGAAAGGAUAAAGCAACGUUCAAAAAGACCCUCAAGCUCGCCAGAACACAGAAAGCACGCACGAUCUUAUCGGCAUGAACGACCAAUAACCCGUAAAACACAUCUACACCAACGUUCAAAAAGCCGUGAAACUCGUGCACAUCAACGAUCAAGAAGUCGUGAAACUCGUGCACAUCGACGAUCAAGAAGUCGUGAAACUCGUGCACAUCAACGAUCAAGAAGUCGUGAAACUCGUGCACAUCAACGAUCAAGAAGUCGUGAAACUCGUGCACAUCAACGAUCAAGAAGUCGUGAAACUCGUCCACAUCAACGAUCAUACCGACGUUAA